AUGGCGCAAGAAACUCCUGCAGGUGGUUUUGUUAAAUCGGGCUUUGAAGAAGUGGAAAAAGUUUUUAGAGAUAAUAUAAGAAGUGGAUUAGAAAAAGGAGGUAGUUUUGCUGUGUAUUAUAGAGGAGAGUUAGUGGUUAAUAUUUGGGGAGGAGAAUGUGAUGCUCUGUGCAGAAGGGAAUGGAAACAGGAAACAGUUUCUUGUAUAUAUUCUUGUACAAAGACUAUUUCGGCAGUUGUUAUAGCACACCUGGUAGAUAGAGGGUUGUUGAAAUAUUCAGAAUACAUUUCCACAUAUUGGCCCGAAUUUGGUCAAAAUGGGAAAGAUAAAAUCAGACUGGAAGAAUUUUUAUGUCAUAAGGCAGGAUUGGCUGGUAUAGAAGAUGAUUCUUACAGAUUAUCAUUACUGGUGGACAAUCCUAGAAAACUAGGAGAGAUUUUAGCAAAACAAAAACCUUUAUGGAAACCAGGACACCAAUAUGGUUACCAUGUCCAUACAUUUGCAUUAUACCUGGACCAAAUAGUAAGAAGAGUUGAUUGGAAAUUCAGAGGAUUAGCUCAGUAUUUUGGGGAAGAGAUUGCUAAAGAAUUUGAUUUGAGAAUUGAUAUUGGAUUACCCAAAAAAUCUCAGUAUAAAUGUGCCAAAAUUUCUAUAAAUAGAAGUGAUGGUCAAUUGGUUGAUACACAUGGUGAAAUUUCUAUGUCAGGAGAUCCAAAACUGUUAGCUAUUGUUAACCAAGGUUGGAAACAUGCUCAUAUUAUUAACAAUCCUGACUUUAUGUGCCUACCAUCUGGUUCUUCUCAUGGAUUCUCAACUGCUGAAGCAUUGGCUAAAUUUCACAGUAUCCUAGCAGCUGGUGGUACAUUGAAUGGUAAACAACUAAUAUCAAAAUAUACUCUUGAGCUAAUGAAACAACCACUUACUAAAGGUUAUGAUGUAACUACUGGAGCUCAAGAUAUUUUUGGAUUAGGUAUUAUGAUAUUUCCAGUUGUAGAAAAUGAUAAGGUGACUUAUAUGUUUGGUCAUAGUGGUUUUGGUGGGCAGAUAGGACUAUCAGAUAGUCAGUACCAAGUUGGAUCAGCUUAUAUCACCAAUCAUCUUAACUUACUUUCUACUUUUAAAUCUGGGGUACAAGACAGUAGAUAUUUAGUAUAUCAAGCCUUGUAUAAAUGUAUUCAUAAGAUUGAAAAGAAAAUUGUUAAGAGGACUGUGUUUCAGUCACUAGCUGACAUUCAAAAUGCUGUUAAAAGUAAAUUGUGA